UCUCACAUAAAUAGUUAUAAAUAAAUGCACAUAUAAUGCUCUCCAACCUGCUGGUGACCAAACAAAAGGUGGUCUUCAUAAUAGAUGAACUAAAUCGGGAGCGCAUUGCCCUUAGGUUCAUUGACAGCCUGCUGCACGAGCAGGGGCAGGAGGCGGGCACAAUCAAAACGCUGCCAAUUGGCAAUCUGAGGCACGUGUCCAGCUACGAGGCGCUGCUGAAUGAGUGCGGCAACAACAACAACAACAACAACAACCAGUCUGGAGAGGCCGCGGAUUUCAAAUCCGGUCCUACCACGGAUACGGGGACCAGCAGCACAAAGGCCGAAUACAAUAUCAUACUGCCCACAUUGGCGGACCUGCUGUGCUACCAGACACCCGCGUACAUCUUCAGCUUCCUCAAUAGGCUGCGUCGCUCGGAGCACGUGCGACGUGUGUUCCUCUGGGCCUCGCCCCAGCACUUGCAGCAUCACCAUGCGCAGUACAUCCUCGCCGGCUGCGAGUAUCUAGCCGAGUUGAUUCUCCGCCUGGAGUCGGAGACUCUGCUAUCGCUGAUAUCGCGCAAGCCCGGCGGCGGGGUGUCCAACAAACGCUACGCGUGCCGGAUCACCAAAACAGAGUUUCAAGUGACGCCUCUGGACGGUCCAGCAGCUGUUGGUUCGCCCAAGCAGCCAUCGCCGGAGGCUGAUCAGACAGCAGAGCCGGCCAGCAGCACCUUCAAAAUAGAACUGGACGAGGAUGAAGUAGUGGCGCGUAACGCUCUCACAUUGCCAUACGAACGCACCAGCGAGCCUGCUGAGGGCAAUAUAAUUUACACACCCGAUGCCGAUGAUGACUUCGAUGACGAGGAUCCCGAUGAGGAUCUGUGCAUCUAAUGUCCGCUCCAGCAGCAAACGGCAGUACAAAUAGCCUUGGCUUUAAGUCUAUUUAAGUCUAAACCUACUUAACUCAUAGAAUACCUGCAAGGAAGGAGCAAAGCAAGGUCCGGUCCAGAAAUCCGACCCCCAAAACAACAGAUGAAGAUAGAUUAUGAUUAUGAUGAACCACUGUUCUGGUGCUGGUUACACAAAAUUGUUGCCGAAAUACCGAUUCACCGACCGAUCACUUUAGUACAUGUAGAAUUGCUCAUUUAUUUUGGAUAACUUGUUGGCGUUGCAUAUUGAUAUGUGAAUCAAAAAAUUGAAGAAACUUUACAUGAAUACACAGAGCUUACAGAGUUUAA